AUGGAGAAACAAGUGGUCCGAAUGAAAACGGCGGCAGCGUGUUUAGGUGGAAAGAGUGGAGAGACGGCGGCGAUCAUGCGGGGCAAAGAAUCAUUGAAGAGAACAGAGAGACAAAUGAGGAAGAGGCGCCAAAGGGGCAGUUACAGUGUGAAAGGAGGAAAGGAAGAAGACAAGGUAAACGAACCGGGCCAGUUGGGAGUACAAGACUAG